GAUUUGAACCGCAGGAACAGGCACUCAACCACGCGCGAUACUAACGACAGGUCAUUCCUCCCUCAGCAUCAACAGUCAGACCUUUUCGCCCACCAAGCCCACCGCCAACAUGUCUUCCGAGAACGGUGAAGUUGAGGUCGAGUCCCAGCAGUCUCUGGCCCUCCCCAAGGAUGUUGCAUCCGAGCAGGGCAGCAUCAAGCUGUUCAACAAGUGGAGCUACGAUGAUGUCGAGAUCCGCGAUAUCUCUUUGACCGACUACAUCCAGAUCCGAUCUCCCGUCUACAUUCCUCACUCCGCUGGUCGUUAUGCCGUCAAGCGUUUCCGCAAGGCCAACUGCCCCAUCAUUGAGCGACUCACCAACUCCCUGAUGAUGCACGGCCGCAACAACGGAAAGAAGCUCAUGGCUGUCCGCAUUGUUGCCCACGCUUUCGAGAUCGUCAACCUCAUGACCGACCAGAACCCCAUCCAGAUUGCCGUUGACGCCAUUGUCAACUGCGGUCCCCGUGAGGAUUCCACCAGAAUCGGUUCCGCCGGUACCGUCCGUCGCCAGGCUGUCGAUGUCUCUCCUCUCCGCCGUGUCAACCAGGCCAUCGCCCUCCUGACCACCGGUGCCCGUGAGGCCUCUUUCCGCAACAUCAAGUCCAUUGCUGAGUGCUUGGCUGAGGAGCUCAUCAACGCCGCCAAGGGCAGCAGCAACUCCUACGCCAUCAAGAAGAAGGACGAGCUGGAGCGUGUCGCCAAGAGCAACCGAUAAAGUGUUUUCAUUUGGUUGGGGUUCACAGGCGUGGAAAGAAACUGGGCUUUUAUUACCAUCACUUGCAUUUUGCGCGUUCUGGUCAAAGGGCGGGAUGUGGAUUUACGACAUUCAUGUCACAUAGGGCUCAAAUGAGAAAAAAGCUCGGCUCAGGGAUGA